GCGGUCUUUUCCCCAGUCGUCAUAUUCAAGCACCGAUAUCAGUCUUUAUCAAGACUAGUAAUUUCGUUAUCUUCAACCUCACGAUUUACAGAGACAUUCAGCCAGUGCGGUAUUCUUCAAACCCUUUCAAUUCGAAUCAAGACUUCACAAUGGCCGUUUCUCGCAAUGGCAGCAGCAAUACGGCCCACGUCAAUAUGAUGACGGAUAACGUUAUAGCGAACCUACCUCCUGAUGGCCUGAGGGUUAUCAUCCGCUCGCUGCUGGCAUCUCACCCUAAUAUCACCGCCAGUUUUGAAGACGCAACUCGGCAAUACCUUGCUCAGACCCAGACAAAGUCAUCCAAAUCUCAAUCCGCCACUCUCGAUCUUGAGGGGCUAGAGAAGACCCAAAAGAUUGUCCGAUGUAUGCUUGGGUCCGGGCAAGCGUUUGAGGGUGUUUCUAUUCUUGACAAACUGGUUGUUGACGGCAUUCAGCUCGCUCUCGAGUCACCAGAAGAUGAGGGAGAGAAGCUCCGCGUAUUCCUAGCUUCUUUAGAUGGCGACUUGGUUCAGGCAAUGACAGCUGUGAAGAAGAGCCUUUCUGUGAGCUCGGGAGCCCGGGCGCUUUCCUCACAAGAACGAACCAUUAUCCAAACUCUGUUUCAGUCUCUCAUUCAGUGUCAAGAGACGUUAAGGGAUACUGGUAUAGAAUUCCCUUAUGGAAGAGGUAUGCUCACAACAGCAAACAUACUGGGCGUUCCUAUCCCAAGUUCCCAGCAAUCAUCCUUGAAUGGGCUACCUUCAGAUUUGGCCAGGCCUCCCCAGGCCACGGAGACUUUCCAACUUGGUGACAGAACCCUUCCUCGCAUCUUUUCAGGUCUAUGGCAGAUGUCAAGCCCAGCCUGGGGCUCUGCCCAGAUGUCCAAGAUCGUUGAAGGAUUCUCUACACAUGUUCAGAAUGGCUUCACUGCAUUCGACAUGGCAGACCACUAUGGUGACGCCGAAGUUUUAUAUGGACGUUUUCGAUCGCUGUAUCCGCACAAAGACGAAAUGUUUACUGCAACAAAGUACUGUGUGUUUCAUCCCAUGACUGUUUCUCGGGAAGCAGUACAAGCGAAUGUGAGCGAGAGAUGCAAUAGAUUACAGCAAGAUGUGAUCGAUCUACUUCAAUUCCAUUGGCAACUUUGGGAUAAUCCGCAGUAUAUCGACGCGUUGCAAUAUUUAGCAGAAGACAAGCGAGUGGCCCGGAUUGGUUUGUGCAAUUUUGAUACAGAACAUCUUGAACGAGUUGUCGAAAGUGGUGUCAAGAUAUAUACGAAUCAAGUACAGUUCUCGUUGAUCGACUCAAGGCCUACCGUGAAGAUGUCAGAUGCAUGCUCUCGACAUGAUAUCAAGCUGUUAACAUAUGGGACUUUAUGCGGCGGGUUCAUCGCAGAUAAGUGGCUCAAUCAGCCGGAACCAGAUGUCUACGAUACCAACAUUACUCCCAGCCAGAGAAAGUACUACGGAAUGAUAUGCAGCUGGGGCGGCUGGGUUCUCUUCCAAGAACUGCUUGCCGUCCUACGCAAUAUCGCUACAAAACACGGAGUCAAUAUCUCCAACAUAGCUACGCGCUGGGUGCUAGACUUUCCCUACGUCGGAGCAGUCAUUAUUGGGGCGCGGAUUGGUAUGAGUGAGCAUACAAGUGACAAUGCUACUACCCUCGGUUGGAGCUUGGAUGACGAUGACCGAAGAGUCAUUGAGGAGGUGUUGACGCGGAGUAGCAGAGCCGAGAUGUUUGAGGCCAUGGGUGACUGCGGUAAUGAGUACCGAUAAAAGAACCUUAUCUAUUAGUGGAGAUAGAAGUUCAGCCCUGGUUCAUCCGAGCUUCCAAAAUAGGAUGGGAGGCAAUAUGUAACGUCUGUUUAAGACAAUAUCCACCUCGUGUAUGCAGGCGGCCCGGUCGAGACUGGCGAUCUGAACUCGUACCGGACGUUUUCUUCCCGAAGUGAGUGCCGUUUGACCUAUCCCCUCUUACUGGAU